UCGCAGGUACCGGCAUAAUGUAAUUGGUUAAUUUUGGAAGAUGAGGCUAUAUGAUAUUAUGAAACUACAAUGGCACCGUAAGGGUAUUAAGGUUAAGGAACGCAAGAUCCAGAUACGUAUGAGGACACCUAUAGAAACUGUGCAAAUGUGCAGUUGAUAGUAAAGCAAGCCAAGCAAAAGUGGUUAUAAGACAAUGAUCUUACGCCAACCUAUGUUUUGGCACUGGUGUGGAAGCAGGUAUCACAAGGAGAUUUGCAUAUUCGAAGUUCAACACGGCAUGCAGCUUCUAUAUUGCCUAUAUGUAUCUUGGCUGAAGUAAGGCGGUACAAAAACAGAAUCAUACAUGCAUGUCAUAAUAUCAGUGUUGGCUCAUCGCGUUAACGUGCCCAUCCCAUCAGAACCAGCACUCAAGUCGAACAAUCCUUUGCAACCGGGAGAUCGAGCCGGGAAUCAGAGGCAGGAGGAAGGCGAGCCGGGUAUAGGACAAGUGUGCGACAGCACAUUGAGAGUGGUUCCUUAAUGGCUGCAGGAAGAGCAGGAGCAGCUAGCGCAGUUACCGCUGCAGCAGUUGCAAGAGCAGGGAGACAUUUUGAUGGAAGUGGAAAGCUUUGAGAGGUUUCUCGAAGGGGUUUUAUAACUCGAAUUGAAGGCUUGGAUGCUUGUGUGCGAC